CAGGAGCUUCGGAUCGGUGCUUUCGGCAUUGCAGCGCAGCCAAGCAGGCGCCAGCUAGGCUAGUUACUUAACAAUAGUUUGUUGUGUCCCAAUAAUAAAUAACAAAAUGUUGAAGGACAGUUUAUAAAUGAACACAUGUUAUUUUUGAAAAUUCGUACAUAAAGUUUCCAAAAUGCUGUCGAAUAGACGCUUGAUUGCUGUUUGUGUGUUUGUAACAUGUUGCAACGUGGGUCUUUUGGUGUUAUUCUACAAUCUGAACGCGCAUGAGAGAUGCUUUGUCACGCUGGACGAGCAGUCGAUUCGAACGGUUGUUUCCAACGAGUUCCUGAGCAUCGGCAUCGACACAUCGGAAAUCGAAAAAUAUGACACAAUAGACUUUGCAAAGCCAAGAUUUAGAAAGCUGGCAGCGGCGCUGGCGCCCGCGCGGCUCCGCCUAGGCGGCACCAUGUCCGACCGACUGAUAUUCAGCAAAGAGGACGCCAUCUCUCCAACAUCUUGCGAUCUACCGUGCCCGAAGAACUACUCCAAAUCCGUCUGCUCUUCAAUCCACAUCUUAUGCGGCAAGCCCCAUCCGUUCUUCAUUAUGACUGGCAAGAAAUGGACCGAAAUCAACGAGUUCUGCAAAGCAACGAAAAUGAGGCUCCUGUUCACCUUAAACGUAUUGCUACGCAACGAAAGUGGUUGGUACGAUCAAAAUGCUAUUGAAUUACUAGAAUACUCCAAGCAAAAAUACCACCACAUAGACUGGCAGCUAGGGAAUGAACCUAAUUCCUUUCAACAUGUUUUCAAUGUAAGUAUCACCCCUCAAGCCUUAGCUCAAGAUUUCAAGCACCUCCGUAAGCUCCUUAACCACUACCGCUACAAGCACUCUUUGCUAGUUGGCCCUGACACUACAAGACCUCAGGAGAACCGUCCCGAGUGUCUGCGCUACAUGGUUGAUUUCCUUUCAAAUGGCUCGGACUACAUAAAUGCUAGGUCUUGGCAUCAGUAUUAUUUAAACAGCAGAACAGCCAAGUUAGAGGACUUUUGGAAUCCUGACACAUUUGAUUUACUAAAGAGUCAAUUAAAAACUAUGCAUGAUCAUACAACACAGUACAAAAAUAUACCAAUGUGGCUAACUGAGACAAGCAGCUCAUAUGGUGGAGGUGCCCCAGGUUUGUCAGACUCUUAUGCAAGUAGCCCAUUAUGGUUAGACAAGCUGGGCCUGGCAGCCACCUACAAUGUCACUACAGUGGUAAGGCAAAGUUUCUUUGGAGGCAACUACAGUCUAGUAGAUAAACAGUUAAACCCACUCCCUGAUUGGUGGGUAAGUGUUAUAUACAAGAGGCUAGUUGGUAACAAAGUGUUGCAAAUAAAUUGCAAAUGCACACGCUUCCAGCGAAUGUACGCUCAUUGCACAAACAGAAAAUAUACCAAUGACACAACAGCAGUCACUAUUUUUGCUGUAAAUUUGGAAAUGGCUAAAGCGAAAUUUCUCCUGAACGGAACUGCUUUGCAUGGAGAUAAUUUGUCUAUUGAUGAGUAUAUUAUUCAUGCUCCAUCAAACAAUAGACAAUCAAAGACCAUUUUGUUAAAUGGAUGGCCAUUGUAUUUUGAGUCUUCUAUGCCUGAACUAGAGCCGAUACACAUAAAGUAUGGUAAUCAUAUUUCAAUGCCGCCUUAUUCUAUUGCAUUUUGGGUGAUCAGAAAUACAUCUAUCAAGGUGUGUAAGUGAACAUAGCGCAGUGACAGGAAAGCUUUUAGUGAUCAGUGAUCAAAAUAUGGUACUUUUUGUGUUUUAUGUCUAUUUGCAUUUCAUUCCAGUAGUUUGGUCUACAUGAUUUUUUAUUUGUGUGGAAAGAUUUUUUUUCUAAACUGAAUAUUUGCUCUCGCGUCUUUUUUAUAACAUGUGUAUUUCGAGUCUUAGUACCUGUAAUGUAUUACUAAAAAAUGUUUGUGUAAUUUUAUUUAAUGAUAAACAGAAUUUUGUUCAUACUCAUGCUAUUUGUAUUGAUCUGAUCUGAAAUCAUCUAGAACAAUCAUGAAUAACAUCAUGAUACUGAUAAGGUAAGGUGGGGGCAGACAAGGGUUUUUCUAGCGGGAUAAGAUGGAAAGCCGCCCAUGGUGCUUCAUUAUACAAAACAUAUUUCAUCUUACCCCUCAAGAAAUGCUCUUCAAUCUUUCCCUACCUUAUCUUACAAAAUAAAUGAAACAUAGCAUAGUGUAUACAGGGUGUCUCCUGUAACAACCAGCAGUAAAUUAAAUUGUCUAUUCAAACUUACUUAAUUUUACUUGUAUUAUGAUUUUUUUCGCCAUUUAAAGAUUCUUCUAAGACACAACGUAUAAUUUAUCAAGUUUAAAGUGUGACAGGCAACAUCAAUUGCAGUAAUGAUGGUGUUGUAUGUUGAAGGUAAUCUUUACUCUGUAAGAAAAAAUUGAAAUCUAAGGACAUCAUAAUUUUUUAAAGUGGCUGUACAAAAGUAUACUCUUCAUAUAUUUGUACUUUUAUUAUUUGCUUGUGUUACAGGAAACUCCCGGCUUAUUCAGUGUUAUAUUUACGCGCAAUAAUUUAUUAACAGAAAAACCAUUCACCUUGUUAAGAAUCAUAACUGAGUGUGUUUCCACAGUCGGCCUUUCUGAGCUCAUUAGUCGCUUCAUAGCAAUUCAACUAUUGUAACCAUUCCUUGACCACUUGUAAUCAGUGCUCUUGAUGCGACAUUGAACUCUUUAGUGUUUGAUAAGUAACUAAUAUUAUAGUAUUCAAUAUUGUAGUAUAGUGUAACAUCCAACCGUCUAUAAGAUACAGAAUUUUGCAGCUCAUCUUAGACAUUAAUAGACUUGUAGCUUUGCAUUUUGUAUGUCCAACCUAGGCUCCUGAGCCUGAAUCCGCGCAAGGCCUUUAUGCUUCAUAAAUUCUCAUCUAAAAUUCCAACAGAAAUUUGUCGUGUUGCAGAUAAAGCAUAAAGAUGGCGGGUGACCACACAAGGGUCGGGUGGCGGAAAUCCGCGCAAAAUUAUCUGUUUUGGGUUUCAUUUCUAUGACAAUGGAAACGUCGUGGCUGCUUACGCUGGAAUCACAUCUAUCACCGUCUCUGACAGAUGUGUUUCUACGAGGUUUCCACCCUUAGAUGGCAUUGAUCUUAGACUUUGGGCGCACAAGGCAUGUAGAGUUCUUAUUUUGUCCGUGGUAUCAAAACCUAAACGUUGAACCCGUUGGGGUGAGGAAUAUCGAGUGUAAAAUCAGUGUUAUUGAAAUAUCUGUCUUCUGCAUAAUUGAAUUGAUAUUGGCGGUUGGCUGUUACAUUAUAGUUUGAAGGUUGCAUUUUUCUCCAUUUCCUGAUUACUCUAAAAUGAACCUUAAUGUAAUACACUGAUAGUACUCUAAACUUGUUCAUCAUUCUUAGUAGUGCCACGUGUAUAAUUUUCUCAACAAAGUUAUUUAUGUUAUUGGAGUUAGAACUUUAUUGUGAGUGGUUGAUGAUAUAGAUUUGAGUGUGUAUGAUAGUCUGCAACUGUGCACUUGACAUUUGGCAUGGAUGUUUACUUGUGUAGUUCCGAGUGCCAUUUGUUACUAUUAUUGUAAAUAAUAUGAACUUGUGGUCAAUUACGAUCCUUUUGUAGUCAUAUACAUGUAUAACUUAUAUAUGAUAGAUUAAUACAGUGGUUCCCAAAGUUAACUGGGCUUCGACGUCCGCCCUACCUCACAAAAAUUGCGAAAUUUCGGACGCACCUCUUGGCUGUCUCAAAAAUGCACCUCAGCUAUCCUCAGAUUGCAUAGCAGUUUGGGCCCAGACCCAGACCCACUAAAUAUUCGCUAGCUCGCUUACUAAUGGGCCGUGAUGCUUUGGGAAGCACUGGAUUAAAUUAAUAAUACUCCUGCUAAAUAAUCCGGUGAUAUAUCUCGCCGAAAUAGAAAAAUAUUGCUUUUUACUAUAAUGCGAGUGCCUUGAACAGCAAUACAUACAUUUUAGAUUGCAUAUAAGUACUUUUUGCCUAGGUCCUUAAAACAAUAUUUUAUGUAGAUUAAAAACUAACGUUACCCUAUUAAAUACUGGUAGAUAACCUUGAUGGAAGAAGCAAAAAAAUUGCAUAAAAAAGACGCUGACUUUUUAGUAAAUUUUUACCUAACUCAAGGAGUAAGUAUUCUGUCCAUAAGUACAAGUACGGCGGUGAUAACGUUUUUCAGUUAAAAUGUCACUACAAAAACACGUGUAGAAGUCGUAUAAGGACAUUAUUUUAUUUGACCAUAAAACUGUACCCGGCAUUUACAGACGUUGACGUAAUGUAGAUUACUUCCAAUGUCAAGUCUUUCAUCAAGUAAUACUUUGUAAACAAAGUUAAUGAGGCUAUACGAGUAUUAUGAACGGACAAUGAUAUUUCUUAGUUUAGGUUUAAAGAUGGGUACACGAUUUUAAUACGAAUUCACGCGAAAUAUUUACCUACGUCAUUUUUCUACCUACUUUUUUAUACAAUUUCUCACGGUUUUGACGCUAUUGUGAUUAGUUUCAUUCGUGACGUGGUUAGCUAAGAAUGCUUUAGGUAAUUUAAGUUUUUAACAAUUCCUUUUCUCAUUACGAAGUGACUAACUUUUGGUAACAUCAACACAUCAACUUAUAUUUUGUCUUCUGCAGACUAUCGAUUGUCUUACCUACUGUAUUUAUUAUCUUGAACGUGGUUGUCCUUAGAUAAAGAUAUGUUUAACCCAACAAGUGGUAUUGAAACCUGAAUAAAUAUUAAUAAAUAUCAAAAUUUCCAAUUGUAAUGUUUCGAGGUCACAUUAACUAAAUAUAAUUUUAUAAUAACAUAUACAAAUGGAUAGAUUAUAUGCAUUUAAAUAUGAAUAAACGGCAGCUACCAUUUCCUUUGCCUUUGACAAUAUUUUUGUA